CAGUCCUGGAGAGCGAGAUGAGGGUUCUGUUCUUCCAAGAGACUGUUCCCUGCCUGUUUAACAUCUGCAAGGCGUUCCCUCCACUGUGUGAUGAUGUCACUUCACUCCUCACCCAGAUCGGCCGGGUCUAUUUCUCCCAUCUCACAACCACAAACUCAGUAGUGGGAUCUAAUUUUUCCCUGGUUCCGGGGCAGGAUGGUCACACGGACACAUCAGAGCCCGCUUGUAAGCGGCAGCGGGUGAGUGAGGUGUCGUCCUACAGCCGGCUGUACAACACUGUACAACAGACAUUCCAGGAGCUGGCCGGUCAGGCUGUUGUCACCAACAGCAUCUUCUGAUCCUUCAAUAAACUUGUACAGAAA